UUCGUGUCGGCCUGAUAAGGGUCCACACAUUGAUUGCAAUUGAUUUCCUGAUAAGCCCAACUAAUUCUUUGACGAGAGAUUUGGUUUCCUUGCUACCAGCCGAAGAAGAAGACGACGACAGACUGUCGAUCAAAUCUCGGUGUGAAGUUCAGUUGAUAUUCUUUUUCUCACAGUGUCUGAUUCCUACUUGAAUAAUGGAUAUAUCCAAAAUGGAUCGUGGGCAAAUCACAAUUAUUGGAUCUGCUUUCUGUACAAUGCUUACAAUGCAUUUUACAAUGCAGCUCCUAUCUCAGCAUCUCUUUUACUGGAAAAACCCAAAGGAGCAGAAGGCCAUAUUAAUUAUUAUACUUAUGGCUCCCAUAUAUGCCGUUGACUCGUUUGUGGGAUUGUUAGAUAUUCAAGGGAGUAAGGCGUUUUUCAUGUUUUUGGACUCCAUUAAGGAAUGUUAUGAGGCUUUGGUGAUUGCCAAGUUCCUGGCUUUAAUGUACAGUUACCUGAAUAUAUCCAUUAGCAGAAAUAUUGUGCCAGAUGAAAUAAAAGGAAGAGAAAUCCACCAUUCUUUCCCGAUGACUCUUUUCCAGCCUCACACUGUCCGACUGGACCACCGUACCCUGAGGCUCCUCAAAUAUUGGACAUGGCAAUUUGUUGUCAUUCGGCCAAUAUGUUCCAUCUUGAUGAUAAUACUGCAAAUUCUUGGGAUUUAUCCCUCCUGGUUGAGUUGGACAUUCACCAUUAUCCUCAACAUUUCGGUUUCCUUGGCAUUGUAUUCCUUGGUGCUGUUUUACCAUGUGUUUGCAAAAGAGUUAGCACCACACAAUCCACUCGCAAAGUUCUUGUGCAUUAAGGGGAUUGUUUUCUUUUGUUUUUGGCAGGGUGUGGUGCUCGACAUACUAGUUGCCGUUGGUAUAAUUCGAUCUAAUCAUUUCUGGUUGGAUGUGGAGCACAUUGAAGAAGCUCUUCAGAAUGUUUUGGUAUGUUUGGAGAUGGUGGUAUUCUCUGUUCUCCAACAGUACGCAUACCAUGUUGCACCUUAUAGUGGAGAUGCAGAAGCGAAGAUGAGAUUAAAAAAGAAGGAUUGAUAUGACCAUGCUCCUAAAUUUGAAUUGUUAACGUUAUAUAUGCAUGUGGAACAUUUUGUAGAUUGCUAUAUGAUUUUGCUAAAAGAAGAAAAAACCAUUUGCUUAGAAGCCAUGUAGAAGAACAUAAUUAUAAUUUUUUUUUUUUUUCCGUCGAGAGAAGGUAUAAUUAUAAGGUGCAGUGCAUUUGUAGCUGAAAUUGCAGUGCAAUUCUAGUGAAAGGUCAUUUUGGCUUUGAUGUAUGAUUCCAUUCUAAUUUGCAGAAACAAUCUUUUUUUGGGCUAAA